CCGGAAGGGGCGUGGCCAUGGCGGCUGCGCGCGCACCAGACGAAGGUCAGGGGGCGGACCAAGAUGGCGGCGGCCGUACUCCGCGCUGUCCGUCGCGGCUGGAGGACGGCCGUGCGGCCCGGCUGCGGGCGGCGGCCGCUGAGCCAGGCCCAGGGGCCUCCCAGUUACCGCGGCUUCAUGGAGUCUGUGGAUGAGUACCAGUUUGUGGAGCGCCUGUUACCCCCCACCAGCAUUCCAAAGCCCCCCAAACACGACAGUUAUCCUACUGCUAGUGGCUGGCAGCCCCCCAGAGACCCUCCCCCCGACCUGCCCUACUUCGUGCGGCGCUCUCGGAUGCACAACAUUCCCGUCUACACGGACAUCACGCACGGCAACCGCCAGAUGACCGUGAUCCGGAAGGUGGAGGGGGACAUUUGGGCCCUGCAGAAGGACGUGGAGGAGUUUCUGCGCCCGCUGUUGGGCAAGACACCCGUCACUCAGGUCAACGAGGUGACAGGCACCCUGCGAAUCAAGGGCUACUUUGAUGAACCCCUUAAAGCCUGGCUGCUGGAGAAGGGCUUCUGAGGGGGAUAGGCCAGACCUCGGAGGGCCUCAGGAAGGAGGGAGGGAGGGAGCAGCUAAGAUGGGGCACAGAGUUCGGGGAUAAGGACCUGGGCAGGGCAGAGCUGGGCACUGGGGCCAUGUGCAAGAACACUGGGAACCCUCUAAGAUGGCCCAGCACCUGGGCACCAUUAGCUAACGUGUGUCCCGCCCCCAAGCAGACCCCCAGCUUUGGCCUGUUGCCCUUGUUCAUACUUCUGACCCGGUUUCCCGUUGUGGAGGUGGGCUGACGUCCACCCCACUCCCACCACAGCGAACAUCCCAUGGCCCUUGUUCUCACGGUGACUAAUAGUGGUCCUGGGGGUCAAGUCCUAAGAGUGGUGCCAGGCAUCAGACAUGGAGGGCCCAUGUUAGCCUGAAGAACACCUGGGCCUGCUGCUUGCCCAGUGCCCCACUGGAGGGGGCAUCAACUGGCCAGCUCCUGGCCACAGCUCCCUCUGUCUGGGCUAGCUGCCCCCCCUCCGGAGCGUCCUCCCUUCCUGCUGGCUCCUUUCUGGAGCCCAGGCCUGUGCUCUCAGCUGACCCCCCUGCCCUGUAUCAGCUGGACCGCAACUCCCUGUAAAGGCCUGAGCUCAGUGCUUGGGCACUGGCUUCUGGAAGCAACUCGCCCUGCCCCCAGAUUCCAGACUGUUCUCCGGCCGCCCUGCUGCUGGGCAGGCCCUCACCAGCCCCACCGGUCUGUAAUGCAAGUUUUUAUUCAGCUGUAUAUACAAUUCAAGCUAGUAAAAUUUGUACAAUAUUUACAAAUUAAAUAAUCAUCUGAAACUGUC